AUGGUGAGGAAACACGGCUGGCAACUUCCCGCUGACACACGUCAGGUGAUUGGCAUUACGGUGUUCUGCUUAUUGGUGGUCGCUUACUAUACGUUCUUCGCUCCUUUCGUCGGAGGUCGCAUUUGGGAAUACGUUCUGAUCGGUGUUUACUCUCCUGUGGCUCUUGUUGUUUUCGUUCUGUAUGUUCGGUGUACUGCAAUCAACCCUGCGGAUCCAAGAAUAGGUAUUGACGGAGCUGGUUUGGCUCAUGCCUUAUCGGCGAGAGAUAUCUCCAGGAGUUUUGAUGAAACUGGCAGUCAGUUGCAGUAUUCUCCUUCAGCUGUCUCCAGGAGCUCUACCUUAGCAGCAAACUCUAGUGUGAAAGGCUCUGUAGAAGAUGCUCAAAGAGUGGACUCUGUUCCUAGAAAAUCCUGCUAUAAUCCUCUGGCGAUCUUCUGUUGCUUGUUUGUUCUUGAAGACUGCUGGAAACAGGAAGCGACGGCUGAACAACAUGGAAACAGCGGAGAGGCUGUGUAUUGCACAUUGUGUAACUCUGAGGUACGUAAGUUCAGCAAGCAUUGUCGGAACUGUGAUAAAUGUGUUGAUGGUUUCGAUCACCAUUGCGUGUGGCUUAACAAUUGCGUCGGCCGCAAAAACUACAUGACUUUUGUCUCUCUGAUGACUGCCAGCCUUCUUUGGCUCAUUAUUGAAGCAGCAGUGGGAAUUGCAGUUAUUGUGCGUGUAUUCGUUAAUAAGAAGAUCAUGGAAACAGAAAUUGUCAAUAGACUCGGAAAUAGCUUCUCUCGAGCACCUUUAGCGGCAGUUGUUGGUCUUUGCACUCUUGUUACCAUUCCGGCAUGCUAUCAACUUGGUGAACUUCUCUUUUUCCACAUGCUGCUCAUUAAAAAGGGAAUUACAACAUAUGACUAUGUUGUUGCAAUGAGAGCCAUGAGCGAGGCUCCAGAUGGAGCAUCCGUGGACGAGGAAAUUCAGGAUGUGCUCUAUUCUCCGACCGGGUCUGCCACAACCGGGUUUAGUGGUGGAAGCUCUCUCGGUCCACCAUACAGAAAAGGGGUCUGGUGCACUCCACCUAGAGUGUUUGCUGAUGAUCAGGAUGAAGUCAAGCCCCAUUUAGACACUCACAUGGCCCCGUCGACCUUAGAUCCAGAUGCAUCGGAGAGAGGCAUCAAGGCUCCGAAAAGACCCGUCAAACGUAGUGCAUGGAAGCUCGCGAAGUUGGAUGCAAACGAAGUUGCAAGAGCAGCCGCGAGAGCCAGAGCAUCUUCAUCUGUCCUAAGACCGAUAGAUAAUCGCCGUUUACCUGAUCUUGACCUUAGUUCCAUUGGCACGGUCAGUGUCAUCAGUAGCGUAAGCGCAGAUGCAAAUGUGGCUGCAAGUAGAGCGAUACAGAACAAUGAUCUAAGGUCGUCUGCUUCUAGAAACUCGUUUGCUCCAAGCCUAAAUAGCCGGGAUGAGUACGACACAGGGAGCCACGGAAUGAGCAAUUUCAGCAGCCCAAGCCAUGUUCACGGGUCUGUCACACUUGCUCCUCUCCCUAAAAACCCUACAGUAAUCGACCAUCGGUUCAAAGCAACAAACCAUCACACGCACUCGACGUUUGAUGAAAAGGUGAUGCAGAGAGGAAACAACGGCGGAGUUGAUCCACUGUUUCUCUCCGCUCCUUCAACUUCCCUUCUCAGAGAUGUGAGAAAGACAUCAGUUGUUUGGGAUCCUGAAGCUGGCAGAUACGUAUCAUCAGCUCCUGUAACGACGACACUGCCUGAAGUCCGCAACAGAUUGACAAAUCCAAAACCAAUUCUUCUACUUCAAGAUUCAUCUUCUGCUCCUCUUCCUCUGCAGCAAGCCGAGAGAAGACUGACAUAUACAGGUGACUCUAUCUUCUUUGGAGGACCUCUGGUUAAUAUCCCGACGAGAAACAACCCGAGAAAUGAAAAGAGUUUGGUAAGAGAAGGACAAGAGAGAUUGGCAUCGACACUUCAUCGAGAUGCAAGACUCAGAAGAGAUUCAACCUCGAACCAGCUUCCUGUGUUUGCCCCUGGAGGUCUUGGAGCAAACUCGCAUCACGGUUAUAGCAUCAAGUAG